AUGUCUGAUUCUUUUGAUGAAUUUCCCCUUGGUGCUACAAACUGUACUCAUGCUGAGGCUAUGGCUCUUUGCCACAACCCUGCUGAUUGUUCCUUUGAUGACUUUCCUCAAAAUGCUACAAAACUUUCUCGUGUUGAUGCCCUUGCUUUGUGUACCCCUCAAAACGCUUCAACUCCUCUCCCUAUUGAUGAUUUUGGCCCUCCUUCUAAACGGAUGAAGAUGACUAGACCCUCUGAUAUUGGAACCCCGCUCAUGACUAGUACUCCCAUCAAAAACUCUGAAUCAACUCUUCGAAAAUUACCAAAUCAAUAUGGUGCCGGUCGUCCCUGGAAAGAAUCCGAUAAUCCUUUCACCUACAUCAGUCCAAAUCACUUUCCCACCCCCAAGGAACUACGUUUUUUCACCAAAAGUGUCAGGAUGUCGAAGGAAAAUAAACUCACGAGGAAGAAUGCGGCCUUUUAUGCUCUGGAUACUAUUCGGAUCAAAUUCAAUGCCUUGGACGACAUCAAAAAUCCUGCUCUUCUGCACAAACACGUGGCCAAAUGCGUUGAUAUCUUCAUCAGAAAGCAGAUUCAGGCGGCCGGAGGAGACCUUGAAACCACCCCAUAUUGGCUUCAGAUGCAGCAUGAGGGUUUCCGCGAAGAGGCUGGUUUUUUCAUUUCACACAAGACCCAUUCUGCUGUAGGUGGCGGAGAAAUCAUCAACACACUAGCCCGCCAAAUGCAGAGCAACAAAAAUCUUGGACUCGAUGGAUCGUUCAGUGUGGCCAUGAAUGUGUUCAAGGAUGGAGCCCGAAGAAAGCUAGUGGGUAGAGGUGUUGAGAAGAAGAAGAAAGGAACCCGAUCUGCGGAGAAAAUGAGGGAAACGAUCCUACUACACCAUUUUGGAGAGAAACGUAAACGAGUAUUAGGUAACAGUCAUUGCAUGGUGAAAGCUCUAUGUCUUGGAAAACUCGUCUCCGAUUCAUCAAAUCCUAGAGCCCGUGAAGUUGAGAGAAAAAAGUUCAAAAAGACUCUAUACUCUCAUCCCGGUCUUCCUUUUAUACAGUCUGAUACAUUACUUCCGAGGUCAUCUCGCGGAGAUUCUCGUUACCUUCCUUAUAAUUUAGCUCCUCCUAACGAAAUAGAAAGAGAAUACCUAGAAAUGAAUAACUGA